UGAUACCCAUUUUUCUUUGCAGUUUGGUUGGUUACUAUUUAGUUUUUACUAAUCCUGCCUUGGAAAUUUAUCAUGAGAGAAGUGGAAGAGUUAUGAUCUGCUGAGGAUUUGGCUUGUGUUUGUGAAAAACCAAGUUUGUGGGUAUUAGAAGUAGAGACCUUAGACGUGUUGCUUUUUGUGCUGUGUAGGCAUGAAUUUGCUUCCCCCACUUUCUGGCUUUGACUUUGUCGGUGAAAAGUUUCCAGCUUUUAACUUGGUGAUGCAUACAGGAUUGUGGCUUGUGAGCAUGUCGACUCCUGCAAGAAAGAGGCUCAUGAGGGAUUUUAAAAGAGUGCAACAAGAUCCUCCAGCUGGCAUCAGUGGGGCUCCCCAUGAGAAUAAUAUUAUGCUUUGGAAUGCAGUUAUAUUUGGACCAGACGACACCCCUUGGGAUGGAGGAACAUUUAAGUUAACACUUCAGUUCACAGAGGAAUAUCCUAAUAAACCACCUGUGGUGCGCUUUGUUUCUCAAAUGUUUCAUCCAAACAUUUAUGCAGAUGGAAGCAUAUGUUUGGACAUUUUGCAAAAUCAAUGGAGUCCAAUUUAUGAUGUAGCUGCAAUACUUACCUCAAUUCAGUCUUUGCUUUGUGAUCCAAACCCAAACUCUCCAGCAAAUUCAGAAGCUGCAAGGAUGUUUAGUGAAAACAAACGUGAUUACAACAGAAGAGUACGAGAUAUUGUUGAGCAGAGUUGGAGUGCUGAUUAGUUGAUUAUCUUGGGGCUUCUGUUGCUGUUAAAAGGUUGUUGAAGGAUCUGAUUGAAUGACCAUUUAUGUACUUAAAAGAACAGUUGUGUUUUGUAGCCCUUGGUAAUGUUUUUCUUCAAACUUAUAUGAAUGGAUGUUCCACCUAUGAUCUC